AUGCUAGGCUUCUAUGAGCUCCAGCUGAUAAUACUCAUAUCCGCCUGCCUCCUCUUUCUUCUCGUCGAGCGCCAUGUAUCCACACGAAAACGAACGGCUGCUUUCAAGGGCCACGACCCAGACAACCUCGAAAAUGGAGGGACCACUACACCCGUCAACGCUCUUGCGACCCUCACCAGGCGCUAUUUGGUGGUCUACGCAAUCGUGAUGGGCGCCGACUGGCUGCAAGGGCCUUACGUGUAUUCGCUCUAUCAUGAGCAAUAUGAGCUGCCGGAGCGAAUGGUCGCGGUUUUGUUCGUUACAGGCUUUAUGAGUGCUGGUCUCACCGCUCCCCUAGUCGGCGUAUGGGCAGAUCAACAUGGACGCAAGAAACUCUGCCUAGUGUUCUGCUUCACAUAUAUCUUCUCGUGCUUCUGCGUAACAAUACCGUACCUCCCUGUCUUGUUACUCGGACGCGUUACUGGAGGCAUCUCCACUUCGAUACUGUUCUCAGUAUUUGAAUCGUGGUUGGUUUCUGCUGCAAGUUCCUUAACGAUCCCUUCCUCCGACCUCUCGAUCAUCUUUGGACGCGCGACUCUCGUAAAUGGAUUUGUGGCUACUGCUGCAGGUGUUGUCAGCAAUCAACUCGUCUCGCUAACCAAUUCCUUUGUCUCGCCUUUCGUGGCAAGUGCAACAUUGCUCGUUCUGGCUUAUAUCGUCAUCAAGGCUAGCUGGACAGAAAACUUUGGAGGAGGAGGGGGUACGACAACCGUGGCUAGCAGCGACCCUUUGCAACUCAAGCGCCUCGGCCAGGCCUGGCGGAUCGCUUCGCGCUGGCGAGUUUUCUCCCUUAAUCCCAUGCUGCUGGCGAUAGGACUCACACAAACCUGUUUCGAGGGCUCCAUGUACCUCUUCGUAUUCCUCUGGGUACCUUUCUUGCAGGAGGCGUCUCCUACAUUCCCAGCCAUACCUCUUCCCCUGGGAUACAUAUUUUCCUCGUUCAUGAUCUCUAUGAUGCUCGGGUCCCUUCUCUAUACCGUCGUCUGCGCAUGGGCUCCGGGCUCGCCGAACGACUCAUCGUUGACUAUCCACGCAAAACUAAGUAGUAUCGUCUGUGCAGUGAGUGGACUCGCCCUCGCUAUAAGCGUGCACUCCCCAGAAGAGUCUACGCGAUUCUGGGCGUUCUGUGCUUUUGAGGCGUGUGUGGGUGCGUAUUACCCUGUGCAGGGUAUGCUUCGCGGAACCCUCAUCGCCAACGAGCACCGUGCAACGCUCUCCGCUCUAUUCCGCGUGCCUCUGAAUGUAUUUGUCGUGGUAUCGCUCCUGACCGGUGUAUCCUCCGCUCGACAUGCAGUCCUUUCCGCGAGCUCGCUGAUGCUUUCUUCUUCGGCGCUCAUGACUGCAUUUUUCCUUGUUGGGCGAACGGAGGAUGUGGUACUAUCAGAGCAAAAUCUUCGACCUGCAUAGGGUUAAUAUCCUAUCGCCAUUUUAUCCUUGUUGCGGCCUACUCAAGGGACGCGGCGUACGACAGUCAGCGUCCCUUCUCGGCCAGUACUAUCAGUCCAACUUCCGCCUACAUACCGCUACUACACGUUUGACUCUGCCCGAAGUGAACUCCACUACGAAUAUGCAGUGCGAGUUUACUUGGUCACAGAGGACAUUUUUAAUAGACACUAGGAAAAAUAGAGAUGGGCUUGGAUAUAUGGCUCGUUCUUAACUGUUUAUGCUUGUAGAUCCUUAGAGAUACCCUGAAGAGUAUAAGAUAGGAUGGUAUUGUACAUACGUACUGAGGAACGUAUCUAGCAUCAACCGCACUUUGGCAACCCGAUCUCUGGCCCCGUGGGGUUGACGAUCCCUUUGAAGAAGGAACGGCCCAUCUUCUCCCUCGACUAUAAUUUAUUCUCUGGUUUACAGUAAGCAAAUCACCAGUGUGGCGGUGUUUAGCUGAUAUUCAAUCU